CUAGUUUGAAUAUUCGAAUAUUCCAUGUAAAUCACUUACAUUUUAUUUCACAAUCAUAUCUAGUAUAACUCAAAUAAUAUCAAUUUUUGUUUUCUAAUUGCAAUUCUUGUUUAAUUUGUGCCAACUAAAGUGAAAAAUAUUGCAAUGUGUGAAAAUAAGCACUUCUUUAUAUUCAAAGAUCAACAAUGUAAAUUGAGUGAUGAUGUGUUAGAAAUUGUUAAUCUCCGUAAUCCAGCAACUGGAAAAUCAUCUAAAUACAUGCUACAAAAAAAUGAAGACGUGAUAUGGGAAAUCAGUUGUUUCGCUGAAGCAAACCGAUCCUGGUUUGUUGAUGAAUCGGUGCAUUCAAACGGUAAAAUCUAUCUUCCGACUAGGAUGGAUCCGCUGUUUCUAGUUAUUCCUUACCUUGUCAAACAUUGUCAAAAUAAGGCAGUUCCGUUAGAACAUAUAUUAAUUGAUGAUGAUUUUCCUCAUACUGUGAAAAUUGUGGAUUCAUUUCUUCACGAAAAACAGCUGGCCCUCAUUGCCGAUGUAAAAAAAGCUGGCAAUAUUUUAGCAUACAAAUAUAAUGAGUCUAAAAUACUAGAUUGGCUUAUGCAAAAAUGCAUUCGCGUAAAGCAAACCUUAGGACAUCAACAAGUAUUUGCUGCUCGCUCGCAAAAUUUCAUCAAAGAAGAAAAAGAAAAUGAACAUCCCGAAGAUGAGGCGAUGCAUUAUGCUCAUGGAAUCAUUUCCGAUUAUCUAAGCUUGGAAUUGAGUAAAAAGCUAGCAAAUAUAUUAGGAUUUUCGGAAGAAAAACUUAAAAAACGUAAGUCAACGGCAGAGAUAGAAAGUAAUCAAAUCAAGAAAAUCAAGAAAGAAGAGUUGAACGAAACAACACCGGCUAAGACAGCGAAUUCGUCGACUAAAAAAGUAAGUGCUAAGUCGAAAGCACUGGCAAAAGCAGCAUCUGGAACAAAGGGGAUUGCAAGUUUCUUUAAAAAAUAAUUCUUUUCGGUACCUUCGGUAUUAUGCAAUUACAUGUUGUAUUUCAUAAAUAAAAAAACGAUUUAU